UCGAGCUGAGACCUCACCACCCAAGUGAAUGUGAAUUUUCUUUCGCGAGUUGAUAGAGCUUGUGGAGGUUACUUUUGGAUAUAAUAUAAUCUAAAAUGUCGAAACAAGGAGCAACUCGAUACCAAAAGUUUCUCAAAUCUGAGAAAUCUAAAACAAAACUUAAAUCUAAAUCAAAAGACCUACCUAAAGGUACAAAUGUGACAAAAACAAAUUUUAAAGUGAAAAAGAUCGUUCUUAAAACUCAGCUCACUAAGCAUGGUGAAUCCGAAGCACUUUCUAAUAGAAAACUGAAUGUGAAAGAACUGUUGACUCGUUUAAAUCAUUUCAACACUCACUCAAGAACUCAAGCCCUUCAAGGUUUAAAGGAAGUUUUUAAUCUGCACCCUGAAGUAUUGGAACAGAAUCUGGGAGAACUAGUCCAUGGCAUCACACCAUUGGUAUUAAAUGUGGAGAGAGUUGUCCGCCAUGAAACACUGAAAGUGCUGAAUUUAAUGCUAUCAAAGGCAGACACAGAGCGUAUAGACCCUUUCUUUGACAUCCUGUGCACAUAUUUAAGGAGUGCAAUGACUCAUAUAGAUGGCAGAAUACAAGAAGAUUCCCUCUUUUUCCUGGAUACUCUUCUGAUAUGCAUACCCACUAAAGUUGCACAUGACUUUCACAAGAUCAUCCCAAACUUCCUAGAUAUGAUCUCCAAGUUAAGAGUUGAUUCAAAGCCUGGAAGAACUCUAACAGUUAAUUUAGGAAGCCAAAUUACAAGUGUCAAGUGGAGAGUCCAAGUUCUAAACAGACUAAAAGAUUACCUCAUGGCAUAUGUGAUAUACAACCACAUUGAAGGAAACACAGAACCAUUGAAUGACACAACACAAGUAUUUGAUUCUACAAAAAUGAAUUACUUUUCAUUCUUUAAUCCAGUCUAUACUCAAACAUGCCAUGUAUCUUGUUUCUCAGCCAAAGCUUUGCAAGAUACUACACCAAUAGACGAAGGACAGAAGUUUACAGAGUAUGUUGAUACUCUGAUGCCAUUGUUGUUUGAAACCUGGCUAGAAGUUUGUCCAAAAGAAAGCUCUGAAAAAAAUAUGGAAACUGUAGUCAGUGAGGAUGCUGCUCUAUUAUUGACCCAUACCCUGGAGGUUUUUGCACUGAUAUGGGUGAUCAUAAAACAUUUUGAUAAAAAGGAUCCUAACUCAAACAUAAAAAAACUGUUUUCGCAAAAAUACCGCCAGCCCUAUCAACAACAUUUCAUCAAUUCUUUCCCAUAUGUGACAAAUGUUAAGUCAAAACAAAGAAGUGGAAAUAAUUCACAUUUUGAGAAUAACAUCAAUGAUCCAAAAAUGGUUCGACAAAAUUUAGCAACAUGUCAACUGUUUAUUCUGCUUAACCCAUAUGUAAACGUUAAAAAAGAGGAAAGAGUAGUAUUGUCUGUAGUAAAUUUCAUUAUGAAAACUUUUAAUUCAAACACUUUAGAUUCAGUCAACAGUAUCAUAAUUCGAAUCCUACAAUCAAUCUUCUCCAGUGAAGUAAACAACUGGACAAGAACCCUUUCAGUUAUGGAACCCUUGGUUAACAGGAUUAUUUCGGCCUAUUUCAAUAAAGAUGUGCCAAGUGCUUUUAAACAAAAGAUAUUUGGUCUGUUAUGUAAAAUUGCCAUGAAUGAUAAUCUUGUUCAUUUCCAUAAAAGUGAUGCUUUUAAUAACUGGUUAAAAAACUUACCAGACAUAUUGUUAGAAGAGUCCAUAACAGUCCAAACAAUUGACAUCAUCCAUAAGUUUGCCGUACAAAAUAAUAAAGUAUUCAACACAGUUAUCAAGCAAAAGUUGCUGAAAAUUGUACAAAACUUACCAACCAUUGUGGUAUCAGAUGUAGAUACAAAUUCACGCGCCUAUUAUAAGUUAUUUUCUUUACUCUUUUAUGUAAAACAUUGGGAUGAGGAGUCUCUAAAUGCUUUGGAGAAACAGUUAUUAAAUAAUAUGUAUAAAAAUGAUUAUGGUACUUAUAUAUUCGAUACAUUACAGUUAAGAUCAGUGGGUGUCAACUAAUUAAUAUUUAUUAUGAAAAUAAAGACGACAUUAUCUUAUA